AUGUUUAAAAAACUCACCAAAUUCAUCGCAAAUCAAAUGGAUCCGAGCAAAGAAUUGGAUCCUGUCGAGAGCAUUGCAGACCAUGAGCACUUCAGGCCUCUCUGUCUACUGAUAAAAAAGAGAAAAUCAAAACGCAUAUUCCACUCAGCUCCCUACUAUCAGUGGACAGGCUUCACACUGGAUGAUGUGCUGCUGCCUGGAGAAGAUAGUAAAAGCAUAGAGUCCCUCCAUCAAGACUCCAACCAAUUUACUAUCACAAAAACCAGUGCUGACCAGGUUGAGGGGUGUGCCAGUGCUCCUUUGGGCCCUGUAAAUGCAGAAGUGGAAAUAGGUGCCUCCUCGUUGAAUGUCUUUUCCAUUAAGCUACAAAAGAAGAGCAUCCCACUGCAAUCACUGGAGGCACUGAGAAAAAAAAGACAAAUCAACAUGAAUCAUUCCCUCAUCCAACAACUCCAGAGAACAAACAUCAAUCUAUACAUGGUCACGGAAAUCCUCGAAGCCUCAGAGGAGACUAUCUACACAGCAUCCAUCAUGGCAGACGGGGUCUUUAAUGUCCUAUGUCACAUCACACUUGGUGCACAGGGCACCAGAGAGAACAAACAAAGCAUAGUCAUACCCAAGGGCUGCACUCUGGCCUUCAGGACCGUCCCGCUAUACAUUAGAGAUGGAAAAUGGAGUAAGCAACUUCCAGAAAUGACAGACUUCUCCCUUCUGGAAAUAGUGCAGAAGAAGAAGAUCUUAGGAAGUAUCACUGCGCCCCAGAUACAGCCUCAUAUUGUAUGCAACGACAUGGAGGCAGUAGUAUUAAAAAGCGGACUGGAAGAAGUUGAAAUCCACUGUCAAAUAUUCUCUGAGUUGUCUCCUGACCUGCUGCUCAUUAUCUUAAACACCAUCAAAGCUGUGAUGAGAGAUGAGAACCUCCUUCAAGAGCUCAGCCAGAAAAUGGACAAAGUUCUUGAGGAAAAUGAUGGUUAUGAGCUGAAAACUGAGAGCCCAGAUUUAAAAGAACUCUUCAGCACCUUGCAGCAAUCCCCAAGACAUCAUCUCCUUCAGCUGGCAGAAGGAAUCACCUACGUCCUUGAUGCUUUGCAGGAGUUAACAGAGGAUCAGCUGCUGCUACUGCUGGAAUCCUUGGAAAGGAAGAUUGUGUCCCAACAGCUGAACCUGGUUGCAAAUCUCCUGGAACAUGACAAGGUGAAGAGGAAGGGGACUUUUCUUGUGGAUGCCAGGCAGCUCUUGCCACAUGAGGAGGACCAGAUGUUAACCAUUGCCCUGGUGGAGCUGAGUGGAGUGCAGUUCCAGAAAGAUGGAUCAGUUAUCCCUAGGGAUAAACCCUUUGAGGCCAUGGCAGCCCUGUUAGUGGCCCUGUACGCCCUCAACCUCCUGAGUGGCUUGCAGAUACAUGUGGCCCUGCCCAGGGAUCCCUUCUUCGAGAUGUGGAAAGGCUUUGUGUGGCAAAAACAAAUUUAAGGCAAGAAAACUCAAUAUGGAUGCUAAAGGCUGGAUAUCAAAGUGGAUUUGUCUGUCUGUCUCCCCAUGAAUGCAGAAAGACAACAGGAAAAUCCAAAAGCCCAAAGAAUCACAGGCCUGGCAGCAAUGAUUCAUGUAAUCCUGCUUCCCUCAAAAUGCUGCUGCUGCUGCUGCUGCAAUCAGUAAAUGGGAAAGGGAACAGUAAAGGGAAUGGAAAGGAAAAUGCAAAGGAAAAGGGAGGAAAUGAAAAGGAAACAAAAGCCAAAAGGAACAUCAUCAGUGGUUCACUUACUCUGGUUCCUCUGUGUUUCAGCAUGGGAUCCAUGAACUGCUGGUGUCAGGAAGAUGGGGAAAUCCCAGAGGUUUCACU